AUGCACACUGCCUUGAUAUCCAAAGGGAGGAGAAGAAGAAGACAGACCCGCCAAAUUCUGAAGCUGUCACUGUUGGCUUUUUGUUGUGUUGAAGACUUCUAAUGUUAAAUCUCUGAAUAUUUCAACACAGUGCUCUGUGAAAUGGCGACGUGGGGCGACGUUGAGCUUCUGACCAACGAGGACACUAACACAGUCCGUUUGGGUGGAGUAUCAAGGGAGGAGAAUGGAAGCGGCUUGUAUCAGGUGGACACACUGGUCAAAGUAUCCCCUGCCAACGAGGUGCAGGCGGAUCCCAGACUCUUUUCCUCUAGUGGUUCAAACUGGAGUACUGUUGUUGCUGACAAGACAGUGAUCCUGUUUGAUCAGAGUUAUCAGACCACCCUGCUGCUUCUUCACUUCGAAACGGAGGUGGAUGCUGUCGACGUAUGCCUGGAUGGACAGUUUUUGGUAGUUUGUGAAAGAAAUGGAAACCUUCAUUUGAUCUACGUCCCGCACAAGAGAAUCCUUCUCACCAGGGCUUUGGUGGAGAAACCAAGCAGUGGUGAUGAUAAAACAUACUCCUAUCUCCUCAUAAACAAGGACAAGGGAACAGAAGAGAAACACCAUAUGUUUCUACUAACCAAGGAUGGAUUUUUCCACGUUUCAAACCUUGCUUUGGGAAAGAUUCAGACGGCUGUUGAAAAAGUGGAUGUAGGAUCUUUGAAGGAGCUCCAGUCUCAAAUCAAGAUAGACUUCUGCUCAACCAGAGAUUACCACGAUGAAGGCUGCAGCACAGCUGUGAUGUUCAAUUUGUGCCAUGAAAUCCACGUAAUGAUCGGGGGGAAUAAAGAAAAUGUUCUGAGCCACUGGAUGAUGGACCCUCAUCAGGCCAAGAUGCACCUUGCUCACUCUGUCGAUAAUAGCCUAAUUCCUGGUGUGAGGAAGAUGGUGGUGGUAGAAAAUCUCCUGUACAUUCUUGACAUUGAGAAUACGCUGAGUGUUUGGGACCUUCAUUUCCUCGUCAUGAUUCACUGCUGGCCCGACCUUUCCAUUCUUGACUUUGAACUCACCUCAGAGUGUGGCUCUGCCUCCGUGAUGACCCAAGACAAAGGCAGCAUGAAGAUCAUCACACUGACAAAGCAAGACAACAGUCAGAUCAACUCACUGCAAAUCAGGUUUUUGCCCUCCAUGACUGUCUGCUACUCUCUGGAUGUCUCAUCUGUCUCAUGUCUUGUACAGACAAAAAUAAACAUGGAUACCAUUUAUUUAGUUGAAGGUAUUUGUGAGGACCCAGAAAGCAGUCGAGGAGAGACGAUUUCUUCUCUAGUCGUCAGAUGCUUCACAGAGGCUUUGCCUGAGAACAGACUUAGCAGACUUCUUCACAAACACAUGUUUGAAGAGGCUGAAAAGUUUGCCAUCACAUUUGAGCUGGAUUUAGAGCUUGUGUACAAGGUGAAGCUGGACUUUGUGCUUGAACAGCUGGCCUCGGCAUCAGUGGGUGGCUAUGGACAGGAUGUGUGGUCUGAACUUGUUGAUGAGGCCAAGACCAACCUGAUGAAGAUUACGGAUGAGCAUUAUGUGGUGGAGUACUGCCUGAAAGCGCCAUGGCCGACGUUUGAGAUGACCGAGAAGAUGCUAAACCAUGCCGCCACACGAUACUCCUCCCUGCAGAUCCACGAGGCUUUAGCCAGGCUGUCAACCUUCUGCAGCCUGCACGGCCCCGAACAUUUCAACGGCAUUGCUUGGAUUGAGUUUUUGAACAGCACUGAUGAUUUAGGUGACAUUCUCACCCACAUAAGAGAAGGAGACAUGAAGGGUGCACAACUCCUGUGGCUCAGAUAUGAGGGACAAAUUGCAGCAGAUUUUGAUGAGAGGAAGCUUGAAGCAGUGCUCAGUGCCAUCCCAGAGGACCUGCCUUCCCAAGACCUCUGUCCUUGGUUCAGGACAGUGUUUGUUCCUUUUGUUAGACGAGUGCUUCCCAAGGGACAGAAAAUCCUGGCACGAUGGCUUGAGCAGAGGGCAAGGAAUCUUGAGUUAACAGAAAAGGGUGCUUGGCCCCGGAACGGGUUGGACUUGGCAAUGCUGGGAGUGCCCUCUCUGUGGAACUGGAUCAAAUCUGAGGAUAACUAUGAUUCAGAGGAGGUGGAGAAACUCAAGUCUCUGGUGUCCAACCUCCGUCAGCUCCUAGACCUCUACCGGAAAUACAGCUGCAGACUCUCACUUUCAGUCUUUGAGAAGGGGAGUGUACGUAGUGUGGCAUUCUUCAUGUUGGACAAGGUUCCUGCUCCAGAGCUCAUCCCCUCCACAGUGGAGAGCAGUAUUCUGCCGUAUACUGAAGAGCACAAGAUUCCGUUUGAUGAACUUCUUCUUCAGUACAUCAAGGAUCUUUUGGAGCGCUGCAGCUCCCAGACCACAACACUUUUCACUGAAUGGGAAGCCAAAGCUGUGGCAGUGCUGGGCUGUAUGACUGACACAGAUUUGAUGGUGGAUGCUGUGCUGGAGAUCAUGCAGAAAGCUGUUGUGCCCUGGAGUAAUGUGGUUGAAAAACUGGUCCAGCAGUACCUAGAGAUGGUUGGACCAAAACAAGAACUUUUGAAGGAAAGCUACCGUCUGAUGGAGAGCAGAAAACUUCUCAGAGGCUAUGGGAUUCGAAACUUCGACCUCUCCAACAGCACUCAAGCCAUGACGCUGAUAAGAUACAUCCUGAAGCAGGACUCGCCAAUGUCUUUAGGAGACUCCCUGACUUUAGCUGAAGCCUACAAACUUCCAACCUCACAGAUAAAUUACUUGUAUGUCAUCCAGCUGAUUGGCCAGGGAAAAACUGAGGAAUGCAUGACUGUCCUGAAGAAGCUGUCCUCUGCAGAAGCAGUGUGUGUGAUUGAGCGUCUCACAACCUGGGCUCGGCUGCAGCUUGAGGACAAACAUCACAUAUCAGAUGAGCACAAGAAACACCAAAUGGUCGUAGCUCAGGUGAUCGUGGAGGCUCUGAAAUAUCUGCAUAUCAUUUCAAAACAUGAUGCUCUAAAAAGCAUGACGUGUGAAAACAAUCUCAUCAUGUUCAAGGCGAUCGCCCACCUACAGGAGGACUUUGAGGUUUUCUUCACCCCCUCCAACUACGAGGAUCCAAACAUCCAAAAGCAGAUACAGGAGCAUCACAUCACAGCAUAUGAAAACACACGGGGUCGCCAUUCAUCCAAAGCAAAGACCACAGCAAUUCCAGUCGUAGCCAAUGAUCCUGAUGGCAAAACCAAGACAAUCUCCACAGAAGCUGGCCUGCGUCGUUUAGGGAGGCAGCUACAGCGCACCGAACAGGAGCUCUGGUCUGACUUGGCUCUCCGAGCUCUGCGAGUGGGCAAGGUGGACAAGGCCCUAAAGAUUCUCAGUGAGCUGUAUGAACAUCACUAUAACACCAGCACUGGGAAGGUUCUGUUCACUGCUGCUAAGACACUGUGCCAAAUGCUGGAGGCAGAUGUUCCCAUGGUGAUUCCUGAGGACGUGGACCUGCCAGCAGUUAUCCAUGAUCUGGCAUGCCAGGCCAUCACUGUGUGCCACUCAGAUCUGCUGCUGGACUGUCUGGAGCUCUGCAAGUGCACACGUAUAGCUAUGGAUGUGUAUCAUCAGUGUCAGUUGUCAGACAACUAUGCCUUUAUAGCCAAGGAUUUGACUUUGGAGGCAGAAAAAGAUCCGUAUUCUCAGUGGAGUUUUCAGGAUGUCUUUAGCGAAGACUGCAUUGUUCUGGACCCAUUGUCUGUGCUUCCAGUCCAGUAUGAAAUAACUAACUGCCUCCUGCCUAUUUCUCCAGAUACCAAACUGUACCCUCUGGACUCCUCCUGUCUCUCACACUGCUCGUUUGAAGAUGGCUCAAACUACCUGAGGCCCCUCUUUGGUCCCCUGGCCAACAUGUUGCAGAUGUUACAGGAGUGCAGUCAGCUGGAGCUGGCCCUCAGGGUGCUGGUCAAUUCAUACGGCAGCUGCCUGCAGCAUGUCACCUCUAACAUUAUGGACGUGAAGCUCAGCGUACAGCUGCAUGAUAACCAAGAUCUCAAGAGCUACAAUAUGUGUUUGAACAAUCUGCGAAAGACAACUACUUCGUCUCUGAAUACUGUUGCUGUGGCUCUCUUGAAGAAGGUGUUCAACUGGAGAGUGGUUGAUUGUGACUUGGCCAUUGGACUCUGUACGCUUCUCUCCAAAGCAGAGGUUUUUAAGAUACUGUGGAAAGAUAUUGACAACACCUGGCAAAACUACGACAAAAUCUUGGCUGUGGCAAGAAUUGGAGCCAACCUCAGCAGUCUGUACAAUGAAGCAGAGGAAAAAGAGAAGUUUCUCUCCGUCAUCACUGAUGCUGAGUGGGGCAUCAAGCUCGGCAAACUGGAUAUAUCCAUUCAGCCAGUUUUCCGUCAGCAGCCCGAGAUGAAGAGAAGUCUGAUCCCAGAUCUGGUGAAAAACAGGAAGAUUACACCGGACAUCAUCUGGCAGUACUGCAGCACCUUUGGUCUAGACCGUGAUGGUGUGAUCAACCAGUACGUUACCACCUUACUGCUGGUACAAGACGAUGAGGAGGGUGCUGGCGUUAUGGGUAUGGGGCAAGAAGAGAUGCAGCCUCUGUGUCAUGCGGAUGCACUUGAGCGAGUCCUGCAGAUUAUCCCAAUGUUGCACAGCACCAGUGAGCUCACUGACAGUCUCUGUGCUGCUGUUUUCAAGCUCAGCCCAUACAACUAUGAGAUGAUUGAAGUGGUUCUGAAGAUCAUACAAGCUGCAGAUGAGAACGUGACAAGCUUUUCUGUCGAUCAGGCCAUGGGUCUCCUUCAGCACCUGAAGUCCUAUAAGCGAGUUUCUCCUCCAUCUGAUGUGGAAAAUGCGUAUCUCCUGGAAAACAGCCUGCUGCCAAACCUGUCAAACAGCAGACUACCCUUCCACCUGCUGAUGCAGACCAAGCAUUACUGGAAGAUCAUCUCUCCUGAACUUAGUGAAGAAACCUUCCCGACCCUUUUACUGAUCAGCAAACUAAUGAAGGUGAGCCUUGACAAGUUGUACAUGUCAGCAGCGAACCAUGUGUUUGAGAAGACGAUGAAGCCUUUGCUGUUAGAGAAAAGAAAAAAGGGCCAGAAUAAUGGCUACAAUAAGGAGACUUUCAAGGUGGCUAAGACCAUGAUGGCGUACAUCCAAUGCAUCCAGAGCCCAGAGUGGGCUGCUGCCACUGCCCACAAGAUCACCCAGGAACUGCCAGCAGGCCAAGAGAAGAUGCAGUCACUUAAGUUCUGUUUGGUUCUGGGGGAUGCCUGGCUGAAAGAGCCAAACCUUGAGGAGGCAGUGAGGGCCAGAGGGGAGACGUUCCUGUCCAAGCUGAAGCUGCAGUUUCAGCGCUCCGCUACUGAGAACACUCUGAUCAGCAGCCAGAUAAACAGCCCCGAGCAUCUAAAACUAACUGGGCUGCCUGCCCGGCUAAUAGUGGCUCUGUAUGAGCACAGUAGUGUGGAGCAGCACUACAGAGACACAGGAGGUCAAACUUACCCUGAUAUACAUGCAGUGGUUAAGGAAAUAGCCACCAUCAACAGUGUGGAUCUCCUAAAAAUUCGGAAUAUGAUGUUAGAAAAGUGGAUCUGCAAAACAGGACCUGCUGUGACCAAGGACGUUGGUAACUAUGAAUACGUGAGCAACAUUGAGGAAGACCCAGACUUAAUGAGGGUCGUGUACAUGCUGCAGUCCUGCUCUGUCGAUGAUGCUGUCCGUCUCCUAAGCCCCAUCCUAUCUGCAGAAACCUGGCCCCUCAGCUCUUCUGGGCCCCGUCUGACGUUCUGCCAUCGAACUCGAGCUCUGCUUUGUCUUGUCCGCCUUGCUGAUGCGGCUACUCUGGAGGCCCAGCUGCAGAUCCCAAGGACCAAAAUUCAAUAUUACCUGAAAUGCCACAUCUUUGUCUCUCAACUGGAGGCAUUAAACAUCCCUUACACAGUGCAGUCUUUCCUCAAUAGUCCCAAGGAGGGCUUGGUUAAAGGGCUGUGGAAGAACCACAGCCAUGAGCCACAGGCAGUUCGGUUGGUAGCAGACCUGUGUUUGGAGUAUCAGGUGUAUGACGCUCAGCUCUGGAACAGUCUGCUGCAGAAGCUGCUUGGCUUCAACUUGAUCAGCCAUCUCCAGAAGGUGCUAGAGGCUGCCGUGGCUGUGCCUGCUCUGUGGGAGAUUUCUAGUUUCUCCAGGACGUGGAGGAGCACAAUCCUGGCACCUUUUGUCUCAGCCUCAGUUCCUCUGAGUCCCGAUCAACAGGCAACCCUGUACAAGACCUUUGUUCUCCUUCUCAAGUGCCCUUUCCUGUUGAAUUUGGACCUGACAGGAAUUGCAAAUCGCUUUGCACAGUUCAAUCUGCCGGCCUUCGCCCUGGGGACUCUGCUUCUCAUCCCCUGUGCCAAUAAAAAGGUUCAGCAGAUCAAGGGCUUUCUGUCUGUGUGUAACCCUGUAGCUGUCCUCGAGCAGGUGGAAGAGCUUAUGAGCACUGGGGAAUUGGCAGGAAUCCCCUCUCAGAUCAGGGACACUGUGAUAACUUUUAUCAGCCAAAAUGGACAGCACCACAAAGUAGUAAAGACCAAACACUUCAAGCAUCUGAAGCAGUUUGUUGUGUCGGGGGAGAAACUGCACCAGGUGAAAGACUUGGUCGACUUUCUAAUCAGCCAGAACUGUCAGGAGGAUGCAGACUCGCUGGCUUGUGAAUAUAUGAAACACAGAGAGCAUCAAAGAGUGAAACCGCAGACUGCAAACGGCGCACCGUCACUAAGCUGUCUGAAGCUUGCUGAGAGACUGGGAGCCCGUCUCUCUGGUUUUCCUCGCUGUUCUCUCAGUGGUGCCUGCUUGGGGCAGAUGGAGAGCUUUCCUGCAGAUGUUCUUAAAGGUCUUCCAGGGCCGGACAGACCUCGGAUUCCUGCAGGGUGGUGGCUACUUGGUGGGUUUUGAUCCAAAUCAGCAGCUGCAUGAUGUUGCUCGGCAGGAAGCAGACGAUGAAAAGGACCGCUACCACAGUGAUGAAACACAGAGCCUUCCUAAUCUUUGCAUGCUGAGCUAUCUGCCUCCCUCUCAGGUGGACGAUGAUGUGGACUGUGCAGUAAAGAAUCACAAGCAGAGGCAUGUAGAAGGAAAAGAUGAACUCAAACUUAUGCCAGCUCAGAUUGCGGAUGGGUUCAGUGGACACCAUGAAGCUCUCACAAUAUGUUGUGUUAAUGUGCUGCAAAGAGAAGACAUGAGCUGUCAUGGAGAAAGUGAGCAGCCACAGUGCCAGAGCUCCACACAUGGCUUUGGAGACACUCAGAGAGUUGAUGGCAUGAUGAGGAUGCAACACACGCAUGUAUCUGUCCACAGCGAUGGCCAUCAAGAAGACAGUGCUCCCCCUGCGAUUCAUUGCCAGCAAGAAGAGGCAGAUGUUGCACAUAGCACCACCAAACUUCCAUUUGAUCCCAGAGCUGUAGUAGCUGGCCCUGAACGGCAGAGCCAUGCAGAGCAAAAAAUCAGCCACAGCCAGGUUGAAGAGUAGCACUGUGCUGCUUUUCCAGGGCUUCAGGUGGAAGCAGAAGAUCCACAGAGCCAGACCAUUUCCUAAAACUCCCGAAACAAACUCUGACACCAGCAGUGGAGGUAGCACACUGAUCAGCAGAGUCCCGUUGAAGUUGCAAAGCAUUUUGUUGUUGAUGUUGUCUCACAGGCUGCAGAUUAAAAAAGGAGUGCCUUGAGGGCUGUGAAACAUU